AUGUCCGAUACUCCUCGUUCUGAGAAGGAGCUGUGCCUGACUCGGUACAGUACCCCGGUUCCCGAGCUGGAUGACCACCGCUUCCACCUAGACGCUGUGAACACUCCCCGCAUCGAGGCCCCCAGGGAGGAACGGGAGGAACCAUUGAGCCGGCAGCACACCGCCGCUCAGCAAGGCCAGGGCGCCGAGAUGGCGGCACCCGAGCGCCAGGAUCUCUUGCAGGUGCAAGAUGCGCUACGUGAAGCCGCUCCCGUCUCCCGAGACUUUGAACAGGCCGUGGUCGAUGACGACCGGCCAGAGUACGAUGUGGCGGGAAUCGGCCGACGCUUCUCGGUCGACCCCACGGCGAAUUUCCACACGCCGCGGCGCAUCAGCUGCGUCCAGCAGGACCUGGGCAAUAUGUCCUGCGCAUCGUCCGUCUCGGCGCGGUCCUCGUCCCCGCCCAACUCGGUCGAGGCAUUCGCCGACCCCCGUCGUCGUGAGCGCGCCAACACCAUGGAAAGCCAGGUGGCCCCCGAUCUGGAGGCCAUGCUGCAGCGGACCGUCUCGGGGGGCACCCUCGCGCGGCGCCCGACGUUCAGCAACGCCAGCGCCAUUCGGCCCCCGCCCGGCGAUAUCUCUGUCUGUGCCCCCGAGGAGCCCGGUGUGGCGCCCACCUAUGAUGAGCCCGGCCGCAUCCCGGUCAUCGACUAUGAGGAACUGGAGGAGUUUGUUGCUCUCAACCAGCAAAGAAAGGUGGCCGCGGGCAACAACCACCGCCGCAAGCACAGCCUGAGCUCGCAGAGCAUGAAGCCCCGGGUUUUCUACGAUCUUCGGCCGGGUGUCAAGAGCCCGGAUGUGCAGGAGUUGAAGCAGGCUGAUUCGGGCCUUUCAUCGGAUGCCUACGAAGCAUGCGACGAGGUGGACGAAAAGGCGACCGGCAAGGUGCUGGACGAAAAGGUGCUUGUGGCGACGCUCCCGAACAUCAACGAGCCCACGCGGUUCGGGUUCUUCUCAUCCGAAUCGCAGACCACCGUGCAUGCGGCCGAACUGGGCGAUCUGGUGCUUCCCGGCGACAGCUUCCGGGAUCUGUUCCAGCUGGGCCCGGAGGGAGGUGUGUGGUGGUUGGAUGUGGUCAACCCCACGGAGGAGGAGCUUGGCGCCAUCUCGCGGGCCUUCUCCAUUCACCCCUUGACGACGGAGGAUAUCCUGACGCAAGAAGCGCGUGAAAAGGUCGAGCUGUUCAAGCAGUACUACUUCGUCUGUUUCCGCACCUUCUACCAGAUGGACAAGACGAGCGAGGAGUUCCUGGAGCCGGUCAACUUUUACAUGGUGGUUUUCCGGGACGGGGUCCUGACUUUCUCGUUUGUGGAGAACCCGCAUGCGGAGAGCGUGCGUAAACGUAUCGGCAAGCUGCGUGACUAUGUCUCUCUCAGCAGUGACUGGAUCUGUUACGCCAUGAUUGACGACAUCGUCGACAGCUUCGGCCCCGUCAUCCGCGACGUGGAGCUCGAGUCGGAAGCAAUCGAAGACCACGUAUUCAUUGCUCGAGUCGACGACUUCGAGUCCUUCCUUCCGCGCAUCGGCGGCCUCCGCAAGAAAGUCAUGUCUCUCAUGCGCCUGCUAGGCGGCAAAGCCGACGUAAUCCGAGGCUUUUCGAAGCGGUGCAAUGAGCAGUACUCUGUGACGCCCCGCGGCGACAUCGGCUUGUACCUUGGUGACAUCCAGGACCAUGUGGUCACGAUGAUGUCGAACCUGGCCCACUUUGAGAAGAUGCUGAGUCGCUCGCACACCAACUACCUGGCCCAGUUGAACGUGACCAACCUCGUGCUGGGCAACCAUACCAACAAGGUGCUCAGCAAGGUCACCCUGAUCGCGACCAUCCUGGUCCCGAUGAACCUAAUUUGCGGUCUGUUCGGCAUGAACGUCAAUGUACCGGGUAAGAACGAUGGUGGUCUGGGGUGGUUCUUUGGUAUUAUGGGUUUGAUGGGAGCCAUUGUGGUUCUCAGCAUGUGUCUGGCGAGGUGGCAGAAGCUGGUCUGA